AUACCGUAGAUGAAAGACGAUUUGAUGUUACAUCAUUUGUAGGCUUAUUAAAUACUUCCAAAUCGUGAACAAACGUCAAUCUGGCAUGGAAAUAUUAUAUUUUAGCAUCAAUUACUACAAAAUAAGGCCACGGUGAACGUGAUCCACCAACUUCAUGAAAGGUGUUCCACUUUAUUUUGCUUUCAUUUGGUUUUUAGACGUAAAGUCUCAUUACACCUACAGUUUCAGUGUACAAUAAUCUUAUUUAUGACAGGAAGAGUGCGUUGGUUUUUACGUGGGAAAGGUUACUGCACGUUGACUCUUGUGGUAAGGAUAAAAUGCAUACUCGGACACCCUUAAAUCAAUUGGGUAGGAAGCUUUUUCAAUUGUUUUCAUUAGUGCCUAUUGUAACAUUGGCAGAGCCAAGAUCUAGCGUGAAAUUGCCGCCGCCUCCGCCACCAAGGAAUUUUGAAGGAAUUAAAACUGCUUUCAAAAGUCAUAAAAUAAUUCCGGACUUACUUUCCGUUGCACCAAAAUAUACCCUCGAGGUGACCUUUAAGAAGGAGUACUAUGUUGAUUUCGGAAAUUACAUUGAGCCCGCUGCAUGGAAACAAAGACCGACAAAAGUACAUUUUGCCGAAGCCAAAAAAGAUCGCAUGUACGUUCUCGUUAUGGCGGGACUUGACUUUCCGACCCGAGAAAGGCCAGAGGGAAGAGAAUGGUGGUACUGGGUUCUUGGAGAUUUGUUAGGAGGGCCUGGAGCUAAAGGAAAGGAUGUCAUGGUAUACGUAGGACCCGAUGAAAUGAAUAUACAUUCAGGCUUGCAUCGCAUUGUAUUCUUACUGAUGGAGCAGUUAGAUGGGCGAGUACUAUACGAAGGGAAACACUUAGCCUCUACGGCUUGCGAAAGCAGACGAUCGUGCCACAAUACGACAGAAUUCAUGGUAAAGUACAAUUUAACUGCACCAGUUGCUGGAAAUUUUUUCACUUCUGGAUUCAUAAAAUCAACCAAAGAGCCUCAAACAUCUUGACUACUGACUAUUAAAAAUGUACGUCCUUCCAUUGAGACUAUUUAUUUAGCCCUCUAUGGCAUUAAUUUAAGUUGGAUCUUGGAUUCUGGGGGAUGAAAAUCUAUGUCGUAGCUUUUAUAAAAAUGUUGGUAAACAUUUUUCAAAAAAAAAAUGAUAAAAAUUUGCAACAUCAUGCUACAAAAGAAUACUUUAGUUUUUGAAAAAAAAAAUUAAAACACGCGUUUUCAGAAAUGAGUGACCCGAUUACAUAUCGGGUAGUUUCUUUCUUUACUGCUUAGCCGAAGCAUGAUUACACUCAUACCCUCAUUGUUAGAGUUUUGUGGAGACGAAAAUGAAAAUGACAUGCUUAACUUUCCUGAGUUAUUCGACAAAUGUGUAUUACUGUGGUUGAAUAUCUUUAUCGGAUGAACAAGCGAUUAUACAUUGCGCUUUAAAUUUCAUUCUUUUCGCUGUGACAUGAAGACGAAAUACAUUCUUAAAAAAAACUCA